AUGGAUGUGCAGGUCGUUGCCACUGGGUUUGGUUCUUUCAACGGAGUUGCCGCCAACCCAACACAGCGAAUUGUGGGAUGGCUGCAGCAGCGGUACUGCGUCGGCAGCGGUGACAGCGCGGCGCACCCGGCAGCACGCUCCCUGCGCCAUGGGAGGAUCCACAGCUGCACCAUCCUUAAGGUGUCAGCGCGCGCCGUUAAUGCUUACCUGAUCCAGCAGCUGGAGGAGCUGAAGCAGCGCGGCCUCGCUGCGUGUGCGAGCAGCCGGGGCCCCGAGGCCGCCUGCAGCCAGCCCACUGUCGUGCUGCUGCUGCACUUUGGAGUUGACGUCCAGCGGCCGUGGUUCAACCUGGAGACGCGCGCCAUCAACAACGCCACCUUCCGCUCCCCGGACGAGGACGGCUGGCGGCCCAACGCGUGCCCCAUCACGCCGGUCCCCGGCAUGCCGCUCGAAAGCUCCGUGGGCACGGACCUCGACCUGCAGCGGCUGCACCGCCACCUGCGCGGCCGCGGCCAUGACGUGCAGCUGAGCGGCGAUCCGGGCAAGUUUGUAUGCAACUGGACCUACUACAACAGCCUGGCGCUCUGCAGGGAGGCCAUGGCUGUGGCGGCGCUGGCCGCGGCCGCCGCUGCGGCUCCGGCAGCUGCGGCAGAUGUGGUGAUGUCGCCCGCCAGCGACUCUGGCCGUGCCAGCAGCUGCAGCACCACGCUGUGCGGCAGAUCUAGCAGCACCUGCAGCAGCGCGAGCAGCAUCGGCGGUGGGGACGGCAGCUGCAGUGAUGCUGCGAACGAUGCGCAUGGAGGAGCAGGCGCCGCUGCCAGCCCCCAGCGCCAGGCACUGCUAACGCAGAGGCACCGUUACAGCAGCAGCAAGAGGCGUGCCGGUGGUGGCAGCGGUCUGGCGGUGCACUCGCUGUUUGUGCACGUGCCUGCCUUUGACUCCAUCAGCGAGGCCAAGCAGCAGCGCUUUGCGGUGGACCUGAUUGAAUCGCUCUGCGACCAGCUGCAUCACAUGUAUUGGGGCGGCGGCGGCGGCAGCGGCGGCAACAGUGACAGCGGCCUCCCCCGUCACGCACGGUACCACAGGCAGCAGCAAUCAGGCCGUGGCCAUGGGCUCAGUAGGGGCAACAGCUGGCAGUCACCCCAGCAGCAGCAGCCGCAGCGGCACCAGCCGCUGCCCCCGCUGUCGCCGCAGCAGCAGUACCAGCAGCAAGCCGGCCUGGAGCCUACGCUAGCCGGCCCGAUGCUGUCUUGA